AUGGCUUCUCGCCACGAUCAGUCGCCUUCACCUCCUCAAGAUUUGUCGGGAUCGCAACUGACCAUUCCCUCUGACUCCGAGCCAUAUUCAUCGCUGUCACCACCGUCUUCUUCACCGCCCCAGUCGUCGGAUAACAAUGGCAUCCAGCCAGUUGUAAUAUAUCAUCCCCCGACGAUAUGGUCGAUACUGAGAGGAGCCGCCAUAAAUCUCAUUCUACCCUUCGUCACCGGCAUGAUGCUGGGAUUCGGUGAACUUCUGGCACACGAGUUUGCUUUUCGGUUAGGUUGGAGUUCUACAAAUGUAUGGCCGCGCCAUCGAUCAUCUCAUCCUGUCGGUCCCGGCGUCGAAAUGAGAGACGACCCGACUCAGAGGAGAAGAAGAAACAGUUCCCUGGAUCCAGGCGUGAGGGACGCUGCUUCGUUGGAAUAA